AUGCUAAGUGUGAUCUGCGCACGAAGCCUGCUGAGACAAGUGCCGAUUGCGUUUGAGAGUCGCUUUUGUCUGCAUACCACCCCUAGUGUAGAGAAAAAGCUCAAAAGAAAAAUGCCGCCUAAGAAGGGACAACAGACCUCGGAGAAGCCGCGGCUUGGUCGGCCAUCGAACAACCUGAAGAUGGGCAUUGUUGGUCUGCCGAACGUCGGAAAGUCCACGCUCUUCAACACAAUUGCCAAGUGCGAUCUUGGUAAGGCUGCCAAUUUCCCGUAUGCUACAAUCGAGCCAGAGGAGGCUCGAGUACCAGUCCCCGAUGAGCGCUUUCUUUGGCUCUGUGACUUGUACAAGCCAAAGUCGGAAGUGCCUGCUUUCCUUACAGUCAUUGACAUUGCUGGUCUGACCGCAGGUGCCAGUACGGGUGCAGGCCUCGGCAAUGCCUUCUUGUCAAACGUUCGAGCCGUUGAUGGUAUUUUUCAGGUCAUUCGUGCUUUCGAUGAUGCCGACAUUGUGCACGUCGAAGGUGAUGUUGACCCUACUCGUGACAUGAAGAUCAUCUCCACUGAACUGCGCCUGAAGGACAUUGAGUGGGUCGAAAAGGCUCUUGACAAUGCACGCAAGAAUGCGCGCUCAGCCGGCAACAACUCACUCGAGGACCGUAAGAAGAAGGAGGAAGUUGAGGUGAUUGAGAAGAUCCUCAAGCUACUGCAAGAAGACAAUAUGGACGUUCGAAAGGGUGAUUGGAAUGCGAAGGAGGUGGAUAUCAUCAACUCGCUUCUCCUUUUGACGGCCAAACCUGUGAUCUACCUCGUCAAUCUGAGCGAGCGUGACUAUGCGCGUAAGAAAAACAAGUGGCUUCCCAAGAUCAAGCAGUGGAUUGAUGAAAACAACCCUGGUGACCUGCUUAUUCCAUUCUCUGCUUCGCUAGAGGAACAACUUUACACGCUGAAUGAAGACGAUGCCAAGCAGGAAUACCUCUCUAAGCUUGGCGAGGGUGUGCAGAGUUCUUUGGGCAAGAUCACGAAGAGUGGGUAUGAUGGUCUCGAUCUGAUUCGUUACUUCACGGCCGGUCCUGAUGAAGUCCGCGCCUGGUCGAUCCGCCGCGGAAUCAAGGCGCCACAAGCUGCUGGUGUCAUUCAUUCCGACUUUGAGAACAAGUUCGUGUGUGGUGAAAUUAUGGCGUUUGAUGAUCUUAAGGAGGCUGGCAGCGAAGCAGCGUGCCGUGCGAAUGGUAAAUUGGCCCAGAAGGGCAAGUUGUACGAAAUGGUCGAUGGCGACAUCGCGCACUGGAAGUGUGGCGCGUAA